AGAUCACACGCCACCCAUGGCCCGUGAGUCUAGCAUUAGGUGCUGAAGAAAUGGCGCUUCAGCCGAUGGGAUAGCCAUUGACUUUCCUCGUGUUAUAAUAUUUAUUGAUAAUUAAAACCCAGAAGGUUAGGCAAGCUACGAUUGCCCCUUCGCCAUAACUCCCUUUCACACCGUCAUCUCUACGUCCUUCCCAAUUAAUAGGCUUUAUUAUAAUCCCCUCAUUCCUGUCAUAGCUUUCAAUUUCUGUAUCUUCUCUUCCUUUUCCUCUGUUUAUUGAUCUAGAUUUGAUCCCAACUUCGUCUGGGAGAAAGGCAUUACAGUUUGUUUGUCUGCCUAUGCGAAGAGGUGAAGUUGUUUUUUAUCUUCUUCCUUAACACCACGUUUAUAAAAGCCUGCAAACAUGUAAGUUUAGUCCUUUCAAAGUCCAAACACAGACAAAAACCCCAAAAAAACAAAAAGAAGAAGAAGGAGAAGAAGAAAAUGGCAGAAGCAGAAGCAGUGUCAGCACCGGCGACUUCGGGAACUCCAGGUGGACCACUGAUGCCAUCUCUGCGAGUGGACUCUCUGUCCUACGAUCGAAAGUCAAUGCCUCGAAGCAAGUGCUUGCCGGUCACCGUCCCGAGCUGGGGCCAACCUCACACGUGCUUCACCGACUUUCCUGCUCCCGAUGUUUCUCUCACCCGCAAGCUGGGAGCUGAGUUCGUGGGAACAUUCAUCCUAAUCUUCGCGGCAACAGCAGCGCCAAUAGUUAACCAGAAGUACAACGGAGCCGAAACCCUGAUAGGGAAUGCAGCAAGUGCAGGUUUAGCAGUGAUGAUCAUAAUUCUGUCAACAGGACACAUAUCAGGAGCUCAUCUAAAUCCUUCUGUCACCAUAGCAUUUGCCACACUGGGUCACUUCCCAUGGGCCCAAGUCCCUGCCUACAUAGCCGCACAAGUUUCAGCCUCCGUUUGCGCUUCCUUCGCUCUCAAGGGAGUUUUUCAUCCCUACAUGUCCGGUGGUGUCACCAUUCCCUCUGUAACCAAUGGCCAGGCUUUCGCGCUUGAGUUUCUUAUCACUUUCAAUCUCCUGUUUGUUGUCACGGCCGUCGCCACCGAUACCCGGGCGGUGGGAGAGUUGGCGGGUAUUGCAGUUGGAGCCACUGUAAUGCUUAACGUUCUGGUGGCGGGGCGAUCAACUGGUGGUUCAAUGAACCCCGUCCGAACCCUGGGGCCGGCAGUUGCAGCAGGAAAUUACGAGGCAUUAUGGAUAUAUUUGGUGGCGCCAACCCUUGGAGCCCUGGCCGGGGCUGGUACGUACACCGCCGUGAAGCUCCGUGAGCAUGAGGUGGAGCCGGCGAGCCAGGUCAGAAGCUUCCGUCGUUAGCUAGCCAGGUGUGAAGGCCUCCAACAUCAAUAAGCUUUACUAAUAACAAUUUGUCACUGUCAAGGAUAACAUAAAAGGCUGCGACACGAAGUCAGCUAAUUGUUGCAGUGGAUGUGGUGCUUAUCUGUCAGAGCGUCAUCUCUGUCAGACCAGCAUGUCUGCGAUCCAUGCUAGAGAAAGGAACGUUUGUAUAUGGCUCCUUGCUAUAUAAUUACAUACUUUGACUUAAUUUGUGUGGAAUGUUUAUAGUGCUUUUAAAUACAGCCAAAAGAAUUGUUCAUAAGGUCAGUGAAAUCUCAAAAUCUUACGUUAAGAAGGCCAAAGGACUUAUUCCCAUCUA